UUUUUUUGGCCCCUAAUUUUCUCCUGACACUUUCUCUCUCUAACCAAAGCUUCUCUCUCUAAGACCACUAGCAUCUUUACAGCAUCCCCAGCACCUACCACUUGAGCUUUACUUCUAAGAUUUGUUCGGUUCUCGUCUCCUGGCAACCUCUGUUGUAUUUUCGUUACCUUCGUUACCUGUAUGCGACAUUGUUUAUCAUCCACAUCCAAAAAUUCACAUUUGCAACUUUCAAAAUGAAAAUUGCAAAUGUUAACUACUGGUUGUAAACAAUUAAAUUUUAAAAUCGAGGCCUAUUUAGUCGUGGGAAUAAUCUUCAUUUUUUUUUUUUUUCUAAGCAAUUACAAAAAUAACAUCUUAUUUUUAAAUUUUUAAUAUUUGUACAAUUUCAAAAAAUAAUGAAACCUUGUUUUCAAAUUUUUAUUGUAAAGAUUAAAAAACUUGAAAAUAAAGUGAAAUUUUUAAAAAUUUUCAAAAUAAAAAUAUUUUCCAGAAGUAAAGAGACAACGCUUGUAGAAGAUUUGUUCAAAAAUUACAACAUAAAAAAAAAAAAAAAAACAUAGAAAAUUAAAAAGUAAAAAUUAGUAACUAACAAAAACUAAUAACUAACUGAAAAAAGGUCAAUGAACUUGGCGGCUAGCGCAAUGGUCUCAGGCAGAGGGUAGCUUAUGGCUUCAACUGCUUUAAAACCACUCAAAUCCAAUCUCUUCUCAUCUUCAUGCUUCCUUUUCGUAUCCAUUAUUUGGUCCUCAGAACUCUUUUCAGACUCUUCUCUUAUUCCUUCGCAACCUCUGCUUCAACAAGCAAAGAUGCCCUGUUCAUCCAGUCACCCCCGAUUGUCCACAAAUUCUUGUCACUCUUGCAAGAAUUCUCGAAAAAUGGCAUCUGGGUCAGGUCGAUUCAUGCCCAGAUUAUCGCCAGUUCCCUAUCCACUAACCAAUUUGUCGCUACGAAACUUGUUAAGACGUAUUCCGAUUUGGGUAGUUUGGAAAUUGCCCGCCAGGUGUUCGAUCAAAAUUUCCACCCAGAAGUAUUUCUUUGUAAUGCAAUGAUGAGUGGGUAUCUGCGAAACCAGCAGUACAAGGAGACCAUUGAGUUGUUUCAUAUGAUGAGACAUCGCAACUUGGAAAUUGAUAGCUGCGCUUGUAAUUUUGUGCUCAAGGCGUGCACGGGUUCCCUGGAUUAUGAGACGGGGAUUGAUAUAAUUAGAGUUGCUGUGGAAAAUGGGGUGGACGGAGAUCGUUUCUUUGGGAGUUCAAUGAUACAUUUUUUGGUGAAAUUUGGUAAUGUUGACGAUGCUCGAGGGGCAUUCAAUAAAAUGCCAGAUAAAGACGUUGUUUGUUGGAAUUCGAUGAUUGGUGGUUAUGUGCAGGCACAUCAGUUCGAUAAGGCUUUUGAUCUGUUCUAUGAUAUGCGUGGUUGUGAUGUUAGUCCAAGUCCAAUAACUAUGGCAAGCUUGAUUCAAGCUUGUGGUGCGAGUGGAGAUUUGGAACUUGGAAAAUGUAUUCAUGGGUGUGUGAUUGAGUUAGGAAUGGGCAAUGAUAUUUUAGUGCUCACCUCAUUGGUUGAUAUGUACAGUAAGAUGGGAGAUGCCAAAAGUGCUUAUCAGAUUUUUAAAAGAAUGCCCAUGAGAAAUUUGGUUUCAUGGAAUGCCAUAAUCUCCGGAUUUGUUCAAAAUGGGUUGACACAUGAAUCGUUUGACCUCUUUCGUAGAUUACUCAUAGAUGGUUGUGGGUUUGAUUCUGCUACGAUGGUUAGCCUCCUUCAAGUUUGUUCCCAAACAGCUAAUCUGGAAAGUGGAAAGGUCCUUCAUGGUCUCAUUUUUAGAAGGGGCAUUGAAUUGAAUCUCAUUUUAUCUACAGCGAUUGUUGAUUUGUAUUCUAAGUGUGGUGCAUUGAAGCAGGCAGUUACUGUCUUUUACAGAAUGAAAGAGAGGAAUGUGAUAUCAUGGACUGCUAUGCUGGUAGGGUUAGCACAAAAUGGGCUUGCAGAGGAUGCAUUGAAAUUAUUUGGUCAGAUGCGAGGAGCGGGAGUUGCUGCCAAUUCUGUCACUCUUGUCAGUUUGGUCCACUCUUGUGCCCAUUUAGGCUCUCUUAAGCAAGGAAAGAGUGUCCAUGCUCAUUUAAUUCGACAUGGCUUUGCUUUUGAUGUAGUCAACAUGACAGCCUUGAUUGAUAUGUAUGCCAAGUGUGGAAAAAUAAACUCUGCCGAGAGAGUUUUUAAAAAUAGGCCCAUCUCUGAAGAUGUUAUUUUGUGGAACUCUAUGAUAACAAGCUAUGGAAUACAUGGUUGUGGACAUCAAGCUGUGGGAGUUUAUAAUAAAAUGAUAGGAGAAAGAAUUAAGCCAAAUCAAACUACCUUUGUUUCUCUUCUGUCUGCCUGCAGUCACUCAGGGCUUGUGGAAGAGGGGAUGACUUUGUUUGACAGCAUGAAAACCAAUCAUAAUAUAAUGCCUACUGAGAAGCACUAUGCUUGUUUGGUGGAUCUUUUGAGUCGAGCAGGCCGUCUUCAAGAAGCUGAAUCUUUGAUUAAAAAAUUGCCUUUUCAACCAAGUAGUGCCAUUCUUGAAGCUUUGCUAAGUGGGUGCCGAACUCACAAAAACAUUGACAUGGGUAUACAAACUGCAGAUAGAUUGCUUCAGUUAGAUGCGAUGAACCCAGGAAUUUAUGUUGUGUUAUCUAAUAUAUAUGCUGCGGUAAGGAGAUGGGAUGCUGUAGAUUAUAUCCGAGGCCUCAUGAGGAAGCAAGGGCUGAAGAAAACACCAGGUUAUAGCUUGAUUGAAGUAGGAAACCGAGUCCACACAUUUUUUGCAGGAGAUGAUUCACAUCCAAAUUGGGCAGAAAUUUAUCAUAUUUUGGAGAAUGUAAGGUUAGAAGUGGAGGCUUCUGGGUAUGUGCCUGAUACUAGUUGUGUUCUCCGUGAUGUGGAUGAGCAUACGAAGGUGAAAUUGCUUUGGCGCCAUAGUGAGCGACUUGCCAUUGCAUUUGGGCUUUUAAGCACUCCAGCUGGAAGCUUGAUUAGGAUUACUAAAAAUCUUCGCGUGUGUGGUGACUGUCAUAGUGUAACAAAAUAUAUAUCAAAGACAGUUAAGAGAGAAAUUAUUGUGAGAGAUGCCAAUCGUUUUCAUCACUUCAUUGAUGGAAAAUGCUCUUGUGGUGAUUAUUGGUAAUGACAACCUGCUCCAGGACGAAAGGACAAGUCCAGUAAGGUUCCCCCGCCUCCACCUCCCAGAUAGUAUUAUUCAACUUUCAUCUGCAGCAAGUUCUCGGACAGGAUUGUAGCUGUAAACCUCCCGUGGGUUGCUGCAAGAAAAAGGAUUUUGGAAGUACCUAGGUCUGUUUCAUGGGUCAGAAAAUUGUGAUGGCGUUACUUGGCUUCUGUUUUCUUCUGUCUUCUUUUUUAUUAAACAAUGUUAAAAAAGAGUUUCCUGAGAUUGUAACUGUUAACACUUUAUUGAGGAUAAAAUUGUCACUUGAUAAUAGUUUUUACCUC